GAACAAAUCAAAAUGGAGUCGCUACACAACCUUGUCCGAAUUUCUCUUCCUAAUUAUCUUAAGAAUUUGCCUAUUCCAGAUUCUUUUGCUGGUUUAUUUAAACUCAAUGCAUCUGAGAUCAUAAAGCUACUUCCAUUUUUGGGAAUUGUGUCUUUUUCCGUCUACAUUACCUAUAAGGUAACUUGUCCUGCUGCUAAUAGACGUUCCACGAAAACUCUAAAAUGUAACCCAUCAAUAUGUAAGGAGAAAGAAAAGGUUGUAGAUUUCGUUGAAAUUGAAGAAAUUUGUAAGAAAGUUUCAUAUUGCCGAUGUUGGAGAUCAAAGAAGUUCCCCUUAUGCGAUGGAUCUCACAAUGCACAUAAUAAAGAAACUGGGGAUAAUGUUGGACCUUUAGUCUUAAAGGUUGCUGAAUAA